GUACGAGAUGAAGAAGAAAACCUGGGAAGAAAACCUUGAAGUAGAUGUCUAUCUUAUCUCGAUGGUCGACGUAAGCUGAGGUCAAUUGAACGGUGAGAUUUAGUUCAUUCAAUUGUCACAAGAUGCGUUAUACGGAUGUGGUGAUUUUUGUGAAUCUACUCGCGUGUGCUAUUGCGCUACCGCGGUAUAGUAGUGACACAGAAACGUUUGAACUGUCUGUGAUACAUAUAAAUGAUUUUCACGCAAGAUUUGAACAGACCAAUACUGCAGGUGGUAAAUGUAAAAAAGAAACAGCAUGUAUUGCUGGAUUAGGUAGAAUAAAGACUGAAAUCAACGAAAUAUUAGCAGAGAAACCAAAUUCGCUUGUACUUAAUGGUGGAGAUAAUUUCCAAGGCACACUUUAUUAUAAUAUUUUUAAGUACAAUAUAACUGCUCACUUCCUCAACACCAUCCCGUUUGAUGCAGUGGUACUAGGUAAUCAUGAGUUCGACGAUGGUAUUGCUGGUGUAGUCCCCUUCAUGCAAAUGAUGAAAGCUCCUAUAGUAUUGAGCAAUGUCGAUGAUAUGUUUGAGCCCACAUUCCAAGGGCUGUACAAAAAGAGUGUCGUAGUAGAAAGAAAUGGAAAGAAGAUUGGAAUCAUAGGUGUUAUAAUUCAAUCAUGUAAUGAAAUUUCAAACACGGAGAAGUUGAUAUUCCUAGAUGAAUCAACUUCAGUCAACGAGGAAGCAGAAAGAUUGGUUAGGGAUGAAGGGGUUUUCACAAACAUUGUAUUAUCCCAUAGUGGUUAUGGAAUAGAGAAACUUAUUGCACAAAGUGCUAAAAAUAAAAUCAGUAUGAUUGUCGGUGGACACUCACAUUCAUUCUUGUAUACUGGAGAUAAUCCACCGGGACCAGACAAACCAGCUGGUCCAUACCCAACUGUGAUAACUAGUGAUGAAGGAAAGACUAUAUUAGUGACGCAAGCAUCUGCCUACACUAAAUACCUAGGAAAUAUAACAGUAUUUUACGAUGAAGAAGGUAAUAUCAAGGAUUGGUCAGGUGCUCCUAUUUAUAUGGAAAAUGAAAUAGAGCAAGAUCAAGAAUAUUUGAAUGAGCUGAUGCCUUAUUCAGAUGUAGUUAGAAAAAGCGGAAAUGACAUAAUUGGAUCGACGCUUGUUAGAUUAGAAAGAGAUGACUGCAGGAUGGGCGAAUGUCUUUUAGGAAAUUUUGUGACUGAUGCUAUGGUUUUUUCGUAUAUAAUAACUGCCCCGAAGGCAUCUUGGACUAAAGCAGCAAUUGCCCUUAUGAAUACAGGUGGUCUUAGGACUUCUAUAGCAAAAGGAAAUAUAACUUAUGAUGAUAUGAUCACAGCUCAACCUUUUGCAAAUGAUCUUUAUAUGGGAGAGGUGACAGGACAGGAUUUGAAGGAUAUUUUUGAAUUUUCCGCAUCUCCAUAUUUUUAUGGAAGAACUUUCAUAAACAUUAACAUCUUGCAAGUGUCAGGUGUACAUAUGGUGAUGGACAUUAGGAAACCUAUCGGACAGAGAAUAACAACCUUGCAAGCCAGAUGUUCCGACUGUCAAAUUCCAAUCUAUGAAAAUGUCAGCAUGAAAAAGAUUUACAGAGUAAUAGUACCAUCUUUCCUGAUGCGUGGUGGAGAUGGUUUCAGUAUUAUUCCAGAGAGAAUGAAGAAUGUGCAGAUAGGAGAAGUAGACAUGGAUGCUUUUAGCCAUUUCUUGCACAACAGAAGUCCACUUUUCGAAGAAGUUGAGGGUAGAAUUCAAAUUUUAGGAGUUGAGAAGAUUGUAGCAAGGGAUUUAUUUUCAUGAGAUACUGAAUUUUAGUUUGAAUGGAAAAUAUGCGAUUUGGAAUGUUCUUCGUUUUGUGAAGAAAAUUCAAAUCGUUAGUUAAAUUGAAAUUGAUCAUUUUGUUAUUCAUUUUCGCCGAAAGAAAAAUAAGAUUAAGAUCUCGCGUGAAUGUAAUUUUUUUUAUUGAGUGAGUGAGUCUAGUCCUUUUAUUUUAUAAAUUAUUCAAAUUUCGAUGAAUUUCAAAAUAUACAUUAUAUUGCA